GCAGCACAAAUCACCACUGCACAUUUCAAACUGCGUAGCAUCAUCAGGGGCAUCUUGUGUUGUGCUGGGCAAACAAACCUCAACAUGGCAGAUGUUGUGACUCUUGACGAAGAGCCAAAGCAAGAGGAAUCUACUGCAUCCAUCAAGUCCGACACCGAAGAGACAUCUGAGGAAACGCCCAAUGGCGUAAAAACGGAUGCUGAGGAAACCAAGCCCCCAAAAGAAAAACAUGAUGCUAAGGAGAAGUCUUCUGGAAGCAGAAGAGGAAACCGCUACCAUCCUUACAAAGACAAACAUGGUGGAGAAAAGAAGGGUGCUCACAGGAACCGUGUGUUCAUCAGCAAUAUCCCCUAUGAUAUGAAGUGGCAGGCAAUUAAAGAUCUAAUGCGUGAGAAAGUUGGUGAGGUUACAUACGUGGAGCUCUUUAAGGAUGCAGAAGGAAAGUCAAGGGGUUGUGGUGUGGUGGAAUUCAAAGAUGAAGAGUUUGUGAAGAAGGCAAUAGAAACUAUGAAUAAGCAUGACCUGAAUGGAAGACCCCUCAACAUCAAGGAGGACCCUGAUGGGGAACAUGCCCGGCGUGUACUGCAGCGGAUGGGAGGAGGACAACAGGGAGGUCGCGGGCAGGACAUGGGGCCUGGUGGGAUGAACAUCCCACCCUCCAUUGCCAACAACCCCAACAUCCCACCUGAGGUCAUCCAUGCACUGCAAGCCGGACGACUGGGCAACACAGUGUUUGUGGCCAAUCUUGAUUUCAAGGUGGGCUGGAAGAAGUUAAAGGAGGUGUUUGGCAUGGCAGGUGUGGUGAAACGAGCAGAUGUGAAGGAGGAUAAGGAUGGCAAGAGCCGCGGGAUGGGAACAGUGACUUUUGAGCAGUCACUGGAGGCUGUGCAGGCCAUAUCCAUGUUCAAUGGGCAGAUGCUCUUUGACAGACAGAUGCACGUAAAAAUGGAUGAGAAAUCUCUUCCCCCUGAUGAUUUCCGCCAAGUAGAAAAAACACCCCAGUUACCACGUGGUCUAGGUGGUAUUGGCAUGGGACUGGGACCAGGAGGGCAGCCUAUAAACGCUAACCGUCUGAACAGUGGAGGAAGUGUGGGCUCCAUGGGGCCUGGAGGUAUGGAUGUUCCAGGUUAUGGUGGAAUGAACAGACUUGGAGCAGGAAUGAGUGGCGGAGGAGGCUUUGGGGGUAUGGAUAGCAUGGGCAACAUGGGUGGCUUUGGAGGGAGAGACAUGGCGCCAGUUGGCAGGAUGGGAGAUAUGUACCGGUCAGGAAUGGGUGGAAUGGAUCGCGAUUUUGGCCACAGUGACAUGCCCAUGAAUCGAGGAGGAUUUGGGGAUUCAUUCGGAGGAAUGGGUGGUGGUUUUGGAGGAGGCAUGGGGCACAUGGGGACUGGAUUAGGUGGUGGAAUGGGAAAUAUGUCGAUGGACAGGAUGGGUUCCAGCUUUGACCGUAUGGGCAUGUCAGGGAUGGACAUGAACCGUGGCUUUGGAGGCUACGGAGGUGGGGGACCGAGCCACAUGGGCGGAGGCAUGUCUGACAGAGGCUCUGGGUCCAAAGCAGGCUGUCAGAUCUUUGUGCGAAAUUUGUCCUACGAUCUUACAUGGCAGAAGCUGAAAGAGAAGUUCAGUCACUGCGGUCAGGUAAUGUUUGCAGAGAUCAAGAUGGAGAACGGAAAGUCAAAGGGCUGUGGAACGGUGAGAUUCGACUCGCCAGAGAGCGCUGAGAAAGCCUGUAGGAUGAUGAAUGGAACCAAGAUCAACGGCCGAGAGGUGGACGUCCGCAUUGAUCGUAACGCCUAGAUCUUUUGUAGAAGUCAAGCUAACACACUUCCACAUUCAGCCCUCUUGCCAAUGAUCUUUUGUUUUGUUUUAAAAACACUAUUACUUCAUAUCUCCAUGUGUCCACUGUUUCAUAUUUUUUGUUUAUAUAUACUACAUAGCUCUUUUAUCUUUGUUUUGUAAACCCUUUUUAAUUUGUCAGGCAGUUUAUUUGAACAAAUAAACU